GAUGAUAAUAUGGAACGUUUAUCCCUGUUUAGGCUCUCGUUGUUCCCGAGAAGUUCCAGCAUAUUUUGCGUUUGAUGAACACAAAUAUUGAUGGCAAAGAAAAAUGCUUGUUUGCCUUCACAGCGAUCAAGGGUGUAGGUCGACGUUAUGCAACCUUGGUGUGCCGCAAGGCUGAUGUGGAUCUUAACAAACGUGCUGGUGAAUUAACAGAAGAUGAGGUUGAACGUAUUGCAACCAUACUUCAAAACCCUCGGCAGUAUAAAAUUCCUGACUGGUUCUUGAACAGAAAGAAAGACAUCAAGGAUGGAAAAUACAGUCAGGCACUUUCCAACAAUCUUGACAAUAAACUUCGAGAAGAUUUGGAAAGACUUAAGAAGAUCCGAGCCCAUAGAGGCCUUCGUCAUUACUGGGGUCUUCGUGUCCGUGGUCAGCACACUAAGACAACUGGCAGAAAGGGAAGAACUGUUGGUGUUGCCAAGAAGAAGGGUUAAUAAAAUAUGUAGAAUAUUUCUGGAAUAAAGGAAUAAAGUUGACUUUCAACUAC